GCAGACGUUUGAGGUGAGGUGGGGCGGUGCUUUAUGUCAGUAAGAUGUGUUUUCUUCACUAAAAUGGCUGCGGUGGAAGUGAAGCACCGUUUCAGAAAUUCGAGAUUUUCUCCUUCAAUUGGGUUCUUGAUUGUGUUUUCUAGGCUGUUACUGCCUGCUCGAGGUGGAUACUAAUGGAAGGUUCGUCUGAAUCUGGCUGGCAAAGGUCAGAUAGCUCUAGGGGUUUAGUUUCUUCUUCGGUGUUUGAGAGGAAUCCUCGAUUUGUUCGUCCCAGCACAAUUAGGUCGUCUGGAGAGACAUCAAGUGAUUUGGGGUUUAGACCAGGAGGAAAGUUGAGGGACGGAAUUGGGUUUCCUCACAACAAUCAGGUUAAAAGCUACAUUGAAGGUGGCUCCGAAGAAGGAUUGCCGUUGGUAGAUUCCCUUUUUCAUGGCAUUGAAUGCAACGACAUCAGUUUAAGGCAUUGGUUGGACAACCCAGAAAGAACAGUUGAUGCUCUUGAAUGCAUGCACAUAUUUACUCAAAUUGUGGAGAUUGUUAACCUCGCUCACUCUCAGGGAAUAAUUGUUCAUAAUGUCCGGCCGUCAUGUUUCGUCAUGUCCUCGUUUAACCGUGUCUCUUUCAUUGAAUCUGCUUCUUGCUCGGAUUCGGGUUCGGAUUCGCUUGAGGAGGGAACAAACAGCCGGAUGGCUGACUUUAAGGGUUUGUCUUCAUCUUUACCUCCAGACUUACCCCAAGGAGGAAGCCAGUUAGCGGCGGAGAGGUUGCAAAUUGAGAUGCAUCCUCAGGUAAUAUCUGAAGCCACUGGGUUUAGGUCAGCUUCACCUCAGGCCGAGCUAGCGUCUAGGACUGACCAGACUGAUGAAAAGAAUCAUAGUUUUCCCAUGAAACAAAUACUGCUAAUGGAAACAAAUUGGUAUAGCAGUCCAGAAGAAGUUGCCGGUGGCCCUAGUUCUUUUGCUUCAGACAUUUAUCGUCUUGGGGUUCUUCUCUUUGAGUUGUUUUGUACAUUUACAUCAGCAGAAGAAAAAAGCACGACGAUGUGUAGUCUGAGGCAUCGAGUUCUUCCUCCUCAGCUACUCCUGAAGUGGCCUAAAGAAGCUUCUUUUUGCCUUUGGUUGUUGCACCCCGAGCCAAACAGUCGGCCGAAAAUGGGGGAGUUGUUGGAAAGUGAAUUUCUAAAUGAACCAAGAGACAGCAUAGAAGAACGAGAGGCAGCCAUUGAACUCCGGGAAAAAAUAGAGGAGCAGGAGUUGUUGCUUGAAUUUCUGUUACUAUUAAAGCAAAGGAAACAGGAUGUGGCUGAUCACUUGCAUGAGACAGUGUCCUUUUUAAGCUCUGAUAUCGAGGAAGUUGCAAAGUUGCAGACAUCUCUUCGAAUAAAAGGAGGUUCAAGCCUAGACCACUUGAAGGAUUCUGCUUCUGGUCCCCCUUCAACCAAUACUGUGGAUGAUGGUGAUUCAGGUAGCACGGGAUCCCGAAAGAGAUGCCGACCUGGGGUUUCUUUGCAUGGCAGAGAGGAACAUAAUGAUCUUGUCUCAGAGAAUCAGACUUCAAAAGCUCCCACUGAAAUCCCAGGAGGUAUCAUGUCGAAAAGCUCCCGGCUUAUGAAAAACUUCAGAAAAUUGGAGGCAGCCUACUUUCUAGCUAGACGAAGAGCUCUGAAACCUUUGGGGAAAGCAUUCCCAGGAAGCUCUGCUGUUAGUAGUGAGGCAAGAGGAUCAGUUGUGGUUACAGAAAGGAGCUCUCUUAGUAAUUUAUCCACAAAAGAACAGUACAAUGAUGAUAGACAAGGUGGAUGGAUAAAUUCAUUCCUUGAGGGCCUGUGCAAAUACCUAUCAUUUAGCCAGUUGAAGGUGAAGGCAGACCUGAAGCAGGGUGAUCUUCUGAAUUCUUCGAACCUUGUUUGUUCUCUAAGUUUUGAUCGCGAUGGAGAAUUUUUUGCAAGUGCCGGUGUUAAUAAGAAGAUCAAAGUUUUUGAAUAUAAUUCUAUUUUAAAUGAAGACCGGGAUAUUCAUUAUCCAGUUGUUGAAAUGGCCAGCAGAUCAAAGCUAAGCAGUAUUUGCUGGAAUGGCUAUAUCAAGAGCCAAAUAGCAUCAAGCAACUUUGAUGGUGUCGUGCAGGUUUGGGACGUUACAAGAAGUCAAAUCUUUAUGGAAAUGAAGGAGCAUGAAAAGCGCGUCUGGUCCGUUGACUACUCUGUGGCUGAUCCGACACUGCUUGCCAGUGGAAGUGACGACGGUUCUGUCAAACUCUGGAAUAUCAAUCAGGCAAUUCUAUUUUUGCACUUGGUGGAUGUCAGCUUUGAAACUAAACGUACUACAGUCAUCUAAAUAACACUGUUGUAUAUAUGCGGUCCUAGAUGUGUAAUAUCUCUUACAUGGGUGCUAAUGCAGGGAGUAAGCGUUGGUAACAUUAAGACAAAGGCCAAUGUCUGUUGUGUUCAGUUUCCUAGUGAAUCUGGCCGCCGCCUUGCAUUUGGUUCAGCGGAUCAUAAGAUAUAUUAUUACGAUUUACGUAAUUGUAAGAUGCCGCUAUGCACAAUGGUUGGCCACAACAAAACUGUGAGUUAUGUUAAGUUCAUAGAUGCAACAACUCUCGUGUCUGCAUCUACUGAUAACACAUUGAAGCUUUGGGAUCUUUCGACAUGCAAUGCUCGGGUUAUUGACACUCCAAUUCAGUCAUUCACCGGGCACUUGAAUGUUAAGGUAUAUCAUUCUUUCUAUUCACUUGAGGACAUUCACAUUUGAGGAGACUGUUUUUACACAUUUCUAAAAAGAAAAAUUAUUCAAUUGAUCUUUGUUUUGGCAUUUAUUGCACAGAGAUAUGUGAUUAAGAUUCACCACAUAUUUAAUUAAAGUUUUUCUCCAUGUGGAGCACUGAAAGAAAGAACUCCUAUGUUAGAUUUUAAAAUUAUGGAGGUAUCGCAUGAGGGUCCAUCGACAUGUGAGAUUACGUUCGCUUAAUCAGUUUCUUUAUAAGUUGCGCUGUGUAUCCUGAAUUUCUUUAUUUUGUUAGCUUUCUCACCCAUGAUGGGGGGAGGGAGGUUUAAAACACCAGGCUCCCGUUUAUUGGUGCGCAUCUGUUUUCCCUUUUGGCUUUUCAAUGUUCAAUGAAAUAGGAUUACAAGAUGGAAAUGUGAAAAUUGUAGUUUCAUCUGAAACUUUGGGACUGCAAAAGUGGCUCUCUCUUUUAACAUUGCAUCUCCUAUAUGGCUAUUGUUAACUAUUAAGGGGAUUUGACAUUGAACUGAGUAGUCAUGUGAGCCUGCCUGUUUAGUGACAUUAAGCAUUUCAUCCGUAACCCUCGGUUGGAUGAUACCUAUCUUACUUGCCUUCAUUUCUAAAGGGACAAUUUUUUGUACUUUCUCUACGGUCAAGGAUCAUACGGUUGAUCUUCCCAUGUGUUUAAUGUAUGUGGUUUAGGGUGAUGCUUUUGUCUAAAUAGUGAUUGUAAUGACUGAUGGUAGAUUUUAGGGAGUUCCUAAGGCUAAGGUACAAAGUACCAACUCAUAUGAAUGAAAUUGGAAGUAUUAAAACUACAAAGAAAGAUUCAAGGUUUUCAUUAAUGAAAGGAGUACAACUGGUGGUAAGAAAUAUGAUUGAUGCACUGUCAGGUGAUGUAUAAAUUUUUCCCUGGAGUAAACAGAAGCAGAUCUUGCCCAUUAGUGGUGUGGAUCCCGUGUCUUUCAAUUUCUCUUUUCUUUGCAAUGUGAUAUUAUUAAGAAUGUGAAUAGCGGAGAAUUGUUUUCCAUCUGAAGCAUCUAUGUUUCUCUCCUAAUUAGCAUCUCUUUUUGC